AUGAAACUCACUACCCUCCUAUCCAUUUUCCCCGUCGCCCUCGCAGCCAGCGACGCUGGCAACACCAAACGCGCUUUCAUAGCCAAAGCCGCCGCCCAAGGAUCCGACUUCGACGGCCUCCCUUUCAACGCUCUAUUUAACUCCUUCUUCCUCGGCCAUAGUCCAAAUGUCACGGCCUUUGUUGGUGAUGACGGUGAUGCCUUGGACGAGGACGGUAAGGAGGCUGGGUUCCUGGCAUGCCCAGUUGACGGGCCCGGUGGGAUUGCGAGUCUGGCGUGGAAGAUUUCAGUGGCGUUGCCGGAUGAGGUUUUGCCGGAGGGGUUGAGGGAGGGGUUGAGGGAGUGUGUUGAGGGAGUGUGUUGA